AUGGAAAAUGUUUAAAAUUUAAGUAAUCUUCGCAUAUUACAUGAAUAAGAUCAUGGAAAUGCAGAUUAAUAAAAAUAAUUUUCAUAAGCCACAGUGAUAUUGAGCAGACAGCCAACAGAUUGUGAAAGAAUAUACUUAGAUUCCUGUAAAAGUCAUAGUGGUACAGAUAAUUAUAUAAACGAUAAUAAAGUGGUAAAUAUCUUAACUGAAAAUGAGAAUAUAGCAAAGUAAGAUUUUAAUCCUGAGUUGAUAUAAAAAAUGAAGUUAAUCCAAGCUAAUAGUGAUGAAAGAAAUUAAGAGAUCGUAAUUUAAUAAGAAUCAAUUACCAAAAAGCUCGAUAAAAGUAACUAAAAUACCAUAGUUGAUUAGUAAAGAGCAAAUCAAGUGGAUAACAAUAAAAUUUUAGAAUAAAUAAACUUAAAAUCUUUUCGUAUUAAUGAAGAAACAGAGUCUAACUUAAGGUAAAAGGAAUAACCAAAAGAGUCCUCUCAUUUUCAAUAUUUGUUAGAGUAAUUAAAUAAUCAAAAAUAUGUUAGUUUUAUGGUUACUAAAGUAGAAUCUUAAAAAAUGAUUAAAUCAGAAAGCAAAUCUUAACCUGAAAAUAAUGAGCCAAUCCCAGAAUAAUACUGGUAGGCUUUCUAAAAAAUGAUUGAUUAAGAUGAAAUAUUUGGAAAAAAAUAUGUAGAAAAGACAUAAAAAUUAACUUACUUAAGAUUAAAGGUAAUAAAUAAUACAAAUCUUUAAGAGUAGUUAAGAUAAGUAGAAAUAGGUUUAUUAUUAGUAGAAAAAUGUUUUAGUUAGAUUUAAUAUGAAGUUGAAGAUAAAAUCAAUUUUAUAGGAAAGUUUAAUUACCAGAUAAUAUAAACUAAGAAUGAAAAUGAUAUAGUAGAUAAUCAUCUCUUCUUCUCAGUUUUAAAUGAAGAAGAUAUUAAUGAGAGUAAUGGUAGAUAUGAGACAAGGAAUGAAGUUUUUAAAAAUAAUAAUAUUUUGAUACUUGAGCCUGAUAUUAAUUUACCAGCAUCAUUAAUUGCUAAGUCAGAAAAGUGCUAUAGAAGUUCUUUAAUUAAAAUGAAAUUUAAAGCAAAUGAAUCUGCAAGCUGGCCAUUACUAAAAUGUUUUAUGUUACGUGAUUUGUUUUAGCAUUUAAUAUCUAUGGUUAGUUAGAAUGAAAUAUAAAAAAAUACAUUUUAAAACCCUGAUUAUGAAUUUUUAGAUGGCUUGGUGAAUAAAAUUCAUACUAAAUAUUUAGAGAAUCUUUUCUUGAUAGAUAAGAAAUUAGAUUAAAUAAAAGAAGAAAUUAUUUUUGAAUUAAUAAAAAUGCUACAGUUUUUUGGAAAGUAUUUUAAUGGAUCGGAUAGAUAAAUUUAUAAAACUAAGUUUAGCUAGAGAGGAAUUAAGAUGCUUAAUUUAGCUGAAAAUUAAAUGUUUGUUAAUAAUGAUAUUUUAGGGAUAAAUGGAUAUAUUGAUUAUGUUUUCAGUUGCGAAGUUGAAGAUUAUUUAGAUAGAAGUUAACCAAAGUAGACUCUCUAGUUCCCAUUUGAAGUAAAAACAGGGAAAAACAUUGAAGGCUAUUAUGAAUAAAAUCUACUUUACUGCCUUCUACUUAACUACAAAUUAGAAAGUAAUCAAAACUUAGAGGGGUUUUUAUUCUAAUUAGCUGAAGAUUAGGAUUAAUUAAAAUCAAUAUGUCCUACUAAAUAAUUAGCAUCUUCAAUAUUUAAUAUCAGAAAUAAAGUAGCUAAACUCACUAAAACUAUGAAUACUUCUGGGAAAGUACCUUAAAAUGAACUAAAAUCUGAAAAUACUUGCAAAAGAUGUUAUGAAAGAGAAGCUUGCUAUGCUAGUAAAGUUGCAGAUGGUUUAGAUAAUUUAAAAGAUAUUGAAGAUGUAGUUAUAGAUAAGUAGUUAGAAGAUCACAGCUAUUCUAUAUUUUAAGAAAGUUUAUCAAAAAAAUCAAAGCUCUAUCUUAAAAAAUGGUUAGAUCUUAUAGAAAUGGAAUAGUAAUUUGAUUCUGAGAUCAAAUAUACUAAUUUAAAAAAUCUACAAUAUUAAACAGAUAAUGAUUUAUUAUUUGUGACUGAAAAUUUUGAUCAAUUUUUCAUACCUUAAGUUGAGUAACUCUAAAAGAAAAAUUCUAACUUAGAUGUAAAGAAGAGUGAAAAUAACAAUAAAUUAACAUUUUAAUUUGUAGAAAAAAAAGAAAAUUGUUUAAACUAGGAUAUUGAAGCAUAGAAAGACUAUGAAUGUGUUAUUCAUUUAAAAAAAAUAUUCCCAUAAGAUAAAAAAGUAUUAGCUAUAAGUGAUUUGUAUAAAGAAGGAGAAAGUUUUGCACUUUUCUAAAAUGAUAUUAAAUGUAGAUUCUUUGCUGUUUUAGAAGAAAAGGUAGUAGAAGAGUAGAAUAAUUCUAUCAUUUUAAAACUCAAAAGCAAUUAGGAAUAAGUCAACUUUGAUUAAAAAAGGGUUGAAAAAAUCUUAUAAAAUAAAACUGGCAACAGCUUAUUAUGGAGUGUAGAACUAAAUGACUUAGAAUAUUAUUCAGUUCAAAGAUAAAACGUUUUAAAUUUAAUUCUAAAUAGAUUAAUUAAUUAAAAUAAAAGAUAUAAAAAAUUAUUAUUUUAGACUGAAAAAUUUAAGUAGAAAAACAAAGAAUUAAUAAAAGUAAUCAUAGGCAAUACUCCUCCUAAAUUUCAAAAUAAUCAAUUUUCUGAAGACAGAAUAUUAAGUAUAUUAGAUAACUAUCCAAACCUCCUUAUAAAUGAAGAUUAAUAAGAUUCAGUUAGGAAAGUUCUAAAAAGUGAAUCGCUAACAUGUAUAUAAGGUAUGCCAGGAACUGGAAAGACAUAUUUAAUAGUCCAUUUAAUAAAAAUACUAACUAAUUAAAAUAAGACUCUCUUGAUCACAAGUUAUACAAAUUCUGCGCUUGAUAAUAUUAUUGUCAAGCUUUUGGAUUUGUUUCCAGAAUUGUCAAAUAUGAGCUUAAGAAUAGGCUCGAAUAAAAAUUUAGUUCAUUCAAUUGCAUAAGGCAUAUUAUUUGAUCCUUCAUCUUUUACUAAUGAAAAACAUUUUGCUGAUUAGAUGAAAAACAAAAAAAUUUUCUUUGCAACAAUUAUCGGCUCAAACAAUAAAUUACUCUAAAGUAGUAAGAUUUCAUUUGACUAUUGCAUCAUAGAUGAAGCCUCCUAAUGUGUAGAGCCACUUUGUUUAGGUCCUAUGCUUAUUUGCAAUAAAUCCAUUUUAAUUGGAGAUCAUUAAUAGUUAUAACCGAUAAUUAAAAAUGAAGAGGCUGGAAAAUUAGGAUAUUCUAUUAGCUUGUUUGAAAGAAUGUGCAACUAGUACCCAAGCUGCUACAUCAAGCUUAAAAAUUAGUUUAGAAUGAAUAAUAGUAUUAUGGAACUGUCUAAUAUUAUGGUAUAUCAAAAUCAACUUAAGGCAUUUGACAAUAAUAUUGGUAAUAGCCUGAUGUAAAUAAAUGAAGAUGAAUUAUAAAAGAUAAGAAACAAAUGCAUAAAUUAUUGCCUCCAACCUAGUAAUAAAGUUGUUUUUAUUGACACAAGCUUUUAUUAAAAUGAAAUCAUUGAAAAAGAUGAUUAAGAAAUAGUUUGCAAAUAGCCAAUUGAAGAAAAUAUAUUUUAAGUUAAACUUAUAUGUUUGUUAAUUAAGAGAUUAUAAGAUAUUAGCAUUCAAAAUAAGAACAUGGCUUUAGUAACACCUUACAACUUUUACAGAUAUCAGGUUUAAAAAAACCUAAAACUAAUGAAAAUUUAAUAAUAAGAUCUUUAGCUUUUUACUGUUGAUAAAAGCUAAGGAUAAGAAAGAGAUGUUAUCAUUUUGCACAUAACUGACAAAAUAGGAUGUGAUCACUUGUUAUCAAACUUUAGAAGGACAAACGUUGCUUUGACAAGAUCUAAAAUGAAAUUGAUUAUUGUUGGAAAUAAGAAUAUACUUAAAAAAAAUAAUAUAAUUGAUCAAUUGAUGACUAUUCUAUUAGAAAAGAAUUAUGUUUAUCAGCUAAAUUAGUUAGAAGUUAAAGAAAUAUUUAAUGAAUUUGUUAAAUUAUAAAAUGAUCUUAAUUGA